CUAUAGGUUUUGAUGGUUUAGUUGGUAACCCGCACUCAACCCAGAAGUGAACCACCAACAGAGAUCGCUUAGUGUAGCUUCUUCAACGGCAUUGUGGUUGUCCGUUCAUAAGUAUCUAGCCUUUAUUGGUCGUGUCAGAUCGAUCGAUCGAAUUCAAUAGCAGAGUUGAAUUCUGAAUCGAUACAACGAACAUUUGGGAUACAAUAUCCGCCAAAAGGAUUAAUUCAGAGACACAUAGAUAAAAGCAAGGAUUACGCGCUCACGACCAGGAGUUGUGAUUAAACUGUGCUCAAAAUGAGGGGCACUUUUAUUAUUUUGACGCUUUGCGUCGCUGGAAUUUGUGCUGAUGCAAGCACGGAUACACUUUUGAGAGAGGCACGUGCAGCUCAGGGCUAUGAUUAUCCACCACCCUCUAUUCCAUUCCCCGAGCCAACGAGGCCACCACCACCGGUGACGCGUCCACCA